AUGGCCACUACAAAACAAACCUUCGUGUACAAGACUGCUACGGUCCCCAUCGAACUUGACGUCUACCUCCCCUCUACCCCACCUAGCGAUGGCAAAGAACUGCCCCUGCUGGUCUGGUUUCACGGCGGCGGCCUGCUCCAGGGCAACCGCGACGGCGUGGCACCGCACCACCUCAACGGCGUCACCAAGCACGGCUAUGCCCUCAUAAGCGCCGACUACCGGCUGAGCCCCCAGGUCAGCGUCAAGGAGGUGCUUGAUGACGUCAAGGACUGCCUGGACUGGACCGCGACCGAGCUGCCAAAGAAGCUCGCAGACAGCGGCAACAGCACCCUGCUGGACACGACGCGCAUCGCCGUCUCAGGGAGCUCUGCUGGCGGCUACCUGGCCCUCCUGGCCGGUCUGUAUGCCACGGGGCCGGGGAAGCCCAAGGUCGUCCUGCCGAUAUACCCCAUCACCAACCCGCUAGGCACCUUCUUCACCACACCGCAGCCCCACCCCGCCGGCCAUGUCGACAAGGCGACCCUGGAGCCUUACCUUGACCCCAAGGCGCCCGUGCAGGCUCGUACGCUUUGGGAGAACGACCCGCGAGCGUCCUUCUAUUUCUACAUGUUGCAGGAGGCCAACCUAGCGCAGCUGCUGCACAUCGAGCAGGGCGAUGACACGUUCAUCAUUGCGCCGCAGAUCCGGAAGAAGGGUAGCUUCUACCCGACAUUCAUCGUCCAUGGUGAUGCUGACAGGUUUGUUGGCGUGGAGCAGUCGGAUGAGGUCGUCGAUGUGUUGAGGGAGGUCGGUGCUGUCGUCGAAUAUGAGAGACCCAAGGGGCUGGACCAUAUCUUUGACCUGAACGAGGAUGUCAAGCUGGAAGGGUAUUAUGCAUUUUUGAAGAAACAUCUGUAG